ACAUCAUGAUUGGAAGGCAGAGGAGGAUUGUGGGGAAAGAGGAAACGCCAUUUUCAUUGGGAGGAAUAGAGAGCGAGCGAGAGCUGCUGACAGGAGCUUAAUGAUGCGCUCCCAAUGCGUUAUUUAUUAGUAAACACCGUUUGCACAUUAGGGUGCUGAAUUGUCAGACCAAUGUGUCAAGUUGCAGCCUCGAUACCUAUGAAGUAUGCGUUAAGUUAGCGUGUGGCGGUGUUAUUUUAUUAGUUUUGUUUUAAUGACAUGGGUGUUGUAAGACCGGUGGAGUUUUAAGACUGAAAAGCGGAGGCGGGCGUUCUUUAGUCUGUGCCGGGGUUCGGCCUUGAAAUCGAAAUAAUAUCAAAAAAAAAAAAAAAACAAACCCGUGGAGAGUUAUUUAUUAAUUUUAUCUGCAAUAAAAAAAAAUAAAGUAAAAAACAAAACAAAAAACUUGAGACCAGAGAGGAAGUUGCUGGUGAAACAGUUCCCGGAAGAAUCUGGAUGUUCGUUAUUACAGCGUUUAUGUGACUUUGUUUGAAUUACAGCGUUUGAUCCAUUUUAAAGAAUGUAUGAAAACAUGUCCACCAUGGUGUACACGAAGGAGGACAAGAUGGAGAAGCUGUCCCAGGAUGACAUCAUCUCCAAGACGAAGCAGGUGAUCCAGGGUCUGGACGCCCUGAAGAAUGAACACAACUCCAUCCUGCAGAGCCUGCUGGAGACACUCAAGUGCCUGAAGAAGGAUGAGGAGACCAACCUUGUGGAGGAGAAAUCCAGCAUGAUCCGCAAGUCCCUGGAGAUGCUGGAGCUGGGGCUCAGCGAGGCGCAGGUGAUGAUGUCUCUUUCUGGCCACCUGAGUGCGGUGGAGUCGGAGAAGCAGAAGCUGCGUGCCCAGGUGCGGCGGCUGUGCCAGGAGAACCAGUGGCUGCGGGACGAGCUGGCCAACACCCAGCAGAAACUGCAGAAGAGCGAGCAGAGUGUUGCCCAGCUGGAGGAGGAGAAGAAGCACCUGGAGUUCAUGAACCAGCUCAAGAAAUACGACGAGGACAUCUCUCCAUCGGAGGACAAAGACUCGGAUUCUUCCAAAGAACCGCUGGAUGACCUUUUCCCCAAUGACGAGGAUGACCAAGGACAAGGAAUUCAGCAGCACAACAGCAGUGCAGCUACAGCAUUGCAGCAGGGAGGCUAUGAGAUCCCUGCCAGAUUGAGGACGCUGCACAACCUGGUCAUUCAGUAUGCGUCCCAGGGCAGGUAUGAAGUAGCCGUGCCGCUGUGCAAACAGGCACUCGAGGAUCUGGAGAAAACAUCCGGGCACGAUCACCCCGACGUCGCCACCAUGCUCAAUAUCCUCGCCCUGGUGUACAGGGAUCAGAACAAAUACAAAGAAGCUGCAAAUUUGCUUAACGAUGCCUUGUCUAUACGAGAGAAGACAUUAGGAAAAGACCAUCCAGCGGUGGCGGCUACUCUAAAUAACCUUGCGGUGCUUUACGGGAAGAGAGGGAAGUACAAAGAAGCAGAGCCACUGUGCAAGAGGGCCUUGGAAAUCAGAGAAAAGGUUCUAGGCAAAGACCAUCCAGAUGUUGCUAAGCAACUGAACAACUUGGCUUUGCUAUGCCAGAACCAGGGCAAAUACGAAGAAGUAGAGUAUUACUACCAGCGUGCACUAGAAAUCUAUCAGACCAAGUUAGGACCUGAUGACCCUAAUGUGGCAAAAACAAAGAACAACUUGGCCUCAUGCUACCUCAAGCAAGGCAAAUUUAAGCAGGCAGAAACUCUGUACAAAGAGAUCCUCACAAGAGCUCACGAGAGGGAGUUUGGAUCAGUAGAUGAUGAAAAUAAACCCAUCUGGAUGCAUGCUGAAGAAAGAGAAGAAUGUAAGGGCAAACAGAAGGAUGGCUCAAUGUUUGGGGAGUAUGGCGGCUGGUAUAAAGCUUGUAAGGUGGACAGUCCCACUGUGACCACCACUCUGAAGAACCUGGGGGCACUUUACAGACGUCAAGGCAAGUUUGAGGCGGCUGAGACAUUGGAAGAGGCAGCGAUGAGAUCUCGAAAGCAGGGUCUUGAUAAUGCCCACAAACAGCGAGUGGCCGAAGUGUUAAACGACCCAGAGAGCAUUGAGAAGAGGCGAAGCCGGGAGAGCCUCACCUUGGACGUGGUAAAAUACGAGAGCGGGCCUGACGGAGGGGAAGAAGUGAGUAUGAGCGUGGAGUGGAAUGGGGACGGCACAGGAUCCCUGAAACGCAGCGGCUCCUUCAGCAAACUGCGCGCCUCGAUUAGACGCAGCAGUGAAAAACUGGUUAGAAAGCUGAAAGGAGGAGGUUCACGGGACAGUGAGCCAAAGAACCCGGGCAUGAAGCGUGCCAGUUCUUUGAAUGUUCUUAACACGGGUGACAAGGCUGCUGAAGAAUCUUUUCAAGAACGAAAUAAUAGUCUGACUGACUCCCGAGGUCUGAGUGCCAGCCAUACUGACCUGGCGCAGUGAGGACCGUGGACUCACGGAUUCUGGGAUCUGGAUGGAAUGGAGACUUUUCACAUGAAAGUUCAGAAACAGCGGGAAGACAUUGAAUCCAGAGAUCACCACCUGCAAGGGGACUGCAAUUUUAAAGUCAUUUAAAAAAAAAACAACAACAAAAAAAAAACACACCUAACAGUGACUUGUGGAAUUAUAUAUAAAAAGUAGUUGGCCGAGGUAUACUGUAACUAUGUCUUUCAUUGCACUUUGACAACAAUCGUUUUGCUGGUUACGGGCAGUGAUUUUGUUCAUAUCCUAGCAUUUCUAAUGACAAUAUUUUUUUUUUUUAAAGGAACCAAAUUGAAAAGCAGCACAAAAUGCACUUACACCAGUCCAAAUCUACAGUAAAUAGCUGCAAUUUAAAACAGCAUAAAAGACUCAGGAGUUGUAUGGGUUAGAGCUGUGUAGGUUUGUAAGGCUGAUGUUAGCAGUUGUUGUUGUUUUGUUUAUUGAAGUGUGUGAUCAGUGCUGGCUUUCUGCUUCUGAUCCAUUGUUUUUUUUUUUGUUUUUUUUCUAAACCUAAGCAAUUGUUAACAAACUGUUCUGACAUGCACUGAAAUGAUGAAAGAAGCGAAUCAGUGGUUACCCCUGGUCAUUUGGCUCCGUUAACUCUCAAUGUCUUGCCUAGUUGAUAAUCCCCAGUUAUUGAUCUUGUAUCCAGAUAUAUGUGUUCAAAUGUAUUGUUACAAAGCUAUUUUUAUUAUACAAAGGAAACAUGUCGGCUAUUAUAACGUAUGCUGCUGGUUUCACAGAACUCUGUUCUAACCUUCCUGAAGUUACCUUACGCAAGGUCCAAGACUAGUGCUAAUCAGGGUCUGUGAAACUAGUCGAUAAACUGCAGCGGUGUAAUUGUGUGCUCUUUUUAAUAUAAAUCUGUGUGUGUUAGAAAACAAGUGCAGCUAUCAUGCUUAACAAAGCUGGGUGAUUGCAAGCAAAACAAACUGCUAGCUAUGUUUUAAUAGAAGCAGCCAUUCUUGUUUGUAACAAUACAAAUAGAGAUGUUAUAUGCUGUUGGUAAGGAACUGCUCAUUAGCAUACAGUAUGACAAGGCACCUGUUUCUAUAUAGGAUCCUGUUAUUUUCUAAUGUGUAUCACUGUAUAGAAAAUGGUUUUAUAUUUGUAUUCUUGUAUUUGAGUGUCUGUCAGGGUUAGUUGCAUGCAUAGUUGUGACUGUGUACCAUCAUCACCAGUUUUUAAUCCACAAGUAAUGAAGAGUCUCAUUGUAAGGAAUAGUCCACAAGCCUGCAUAACUCAGGCAGUGCACUGUUUACUUAUGGUCAUCCUGCAACCCCUGUUCCACUCUGCUUUACUCAUUUGAUCAUUAAAAUGAUCAGCUUCUGUGGUUUUUAUUAAUUUAUUAUUUUAAAAGUAGUACAUACAAAACAAAAAAAAACAAAAUUGUACUUUUUUUUUACAGCAUUGUUUUAAAACUAUAACAUGUUGCUACUAGAUAACUAAUUUGCAUUUUAGCUUCUAGGCUGGUUUCACAGACCAUGAUCGGCAUGAAUCAUGGAUUUCCUUACCUUGUGCCGAUACAGUCCAAGAUUAGUACUGAUUGGGGUCUUUGAAAUCAGCCUGUGUAUUUUUUAGUGUUUAGUGUGAUACUGUAAUGAUAAGUAACUAAAGUUAGGCUUCAUUUCUGUGCCGUUUACUUUUUAGUUAUAGUUUUGUACAGCUUUGAAUAAGUGUCACUAUUGCUUUAAGGAUAUCCGUCCGUACCCAUGAUUCUCUGGUUCUGUAUCUAGAGGUAGUUCUUUAGCAAUAUAUCCAACAAUUACGAUGCUGCUAAUGGGUGUGGGUGCCUUUUCUAUCGCAGGGAGUCUGGCAGUUACCUCAUUUAAAUAACCCUGCGAUAAUGUUAUAUUUCCAUACUAUUGAUUGGUGGCUAUUAUCCUUCUGAAUAGUUAGACCAGGAAUAACUCUCCAGAAAGUGAUGUUUAGCAGCCCUAUAAGAAAUGUAAUGGCAUUAAAAAGAUUUGCAUGCAGUUUCAGUAAUAGCUGUAAAAUGCUAUUUAGGAGUAACGGUUGAAAGAACCAUCAGAGUGGUAAUAAAUAUUUAGCAAUAAAACCUUAAUCCAAUGUGGUUAGAACUGUAAGCCCUUCCUAGAGUUGGAUUGUUACAGUAGAGCCCUGUUAUAAUGCUAAGAGAUAUGAAAACCUUCUCAAAUUCUCAGAAGUUAGUAAGAUGAAUAUUAUUACAUAACUAUAUACUGUACAAAUACACUAUAUCAAGCCUUACUGUUUAUUUCACAUCUUUAGCAUCUUUUGUACUAGCUGUUACAUAGUGAUUUGGAUUUGUUUUUAAAUGAUGUCUGUAUUCUGAAACUGACUUCAUUUAAUGAACUUGAUAUUAUUUGGCUGUCUCAAAUGUAAACAAUCAUGUUUUUUGCAGUGGGCUGAACUGCAAGGGAACCGUCUGUAUUCUGAUGCACUGAGUUCACACAGCAGAGGUGAACUUGAUUGUGGUGGCUGGGGUUCACCCUCAUCAUUAAGGCUGAAUGCAGUUCCUGCCGUGAAUAUCCAAUGGCAAAACAAGCUUAAGGAUAUUUCAACUGAUGUUUAUUAGCAUAAGAAAUAGCUGUAAAGUGUAGACAGGAGACAAUGAAUGUUGACAUUGGGGUGUGGAAGUAGGAAUGAAAUGCUGGGUAAUGACGAACAUCUCCUGAUGUUUACAAUGGCUGUAUGUUUCCUUACAUUAGUGGUGUAAAGAACAGGAGGAAUAAGUGCUGGGUAUAAGCAGUCGUCUACAAACAGGCCUACUGCCACCUAAAGGUCAAUGAAUGUUACUACACAACACAUACUGAGAGUCUGCAGUCAUCUGUUGAUGAAAAGCUCAAAAGUAUAAAAUGAUUUAAAAAAUAAAUAAAUAAUUGUACAUCAACUCCAAAAACGCAUAUAUCAGGACAUUGCACAGAAGGAAAAUGGAACAGUAGCGUACAUGUCUGACUGAAGACAAUGUGAUCACGUCGAGGUUUUUGUUUGUGUGUUGCUAUGAUGAUCCUUAACCACUUCUUCGGGAAACAGGUUAUUGAAUUACCACUAAACACCAACUAUAAUUCUUUGACUGCUUAACGGAAGAUCCAGUUUUUAACAUGACAUUUUUAAUCAUUGCAGUACUUGGUAAUACCUUUAAUGGAUAACAGAAUUACCAAUUAAAAUAAUAAUACAAAAAAAACGUUUACAUUAGCAUAUAUAUAUAUAUAUAUAUAUAUAUAUAUAUAUAUAUAUAUAUCUUUUUACAUUAGCAUACAAAAAAUUAAUGCACUAAACAUUUAGUUCGUCAAAACGGUUUCUUGCUCAAGAAGUAACUCACGGUAAGUAGGUCAAGUUUGGUGGGAUGCAUGAAAUAACUUUUUGAAAGCAAAAGGUUAAACUGCUUGUUUUACAGUACUGUGUGGCUGACCCCUUUUAACAUGAUUUGCUCUUUACGUGCACUUUAGUUCUUGCUGAACUGGCAUUGCAUGUGCUGUGCAAUGCAGACAGCAUGUGCAGGUCUGGAACACAUAUCUUCAAGCUUUCUGAAAACUCAAGUGUAUACAUUUAGAAAGGUGUUGUGGUGACAUUGUUUGAACUGUGUUGAAGUAUUUAUGUUGCAAGUGUACAAAGGAAAUAUCAAAAUAAAUUUUUAAAAGACA